AUGGCCGAGUUCUAUCAUUUUGAAAGCGUGCAUAUGUUAUUAGACAUCACUGGCAAUAUUGAAGAUGUCGCCUCCAAUGGCGAGCCCCAUGACGAGCUACUGGCCGCCAUAUGCCUCUUGCGUUCUUUUGAGAUUAUUUCCCCCCGAGCUGCGUUCUGGAAUUAUCUCAGAGAAGACAUUACCGUCGCGCUAAUUGAGCGCCGCAAGCUAAUGAUCGAGCUUUCCGAGGAACAUGUUCCCAAAAACCCGAGUACUGAUGACGAAUAUGCGAAUGCUGUUACCAUUUUACUUGGACAAGUCAUCAACCAAUGCUUCGGCGAGGAGGCAAGUCCUCCAGAGCGGCUUUUGCUCCUUGAAAGCAAUCUGCAAACUUGGAAAGACAGCCUUCCUCAUUCAUUCACGCCUAUUUUGAAUCGCACCUUAGUCAAGAAAGGUGAAAAAGCUUUUCCGUUCAUGGGCACUCUGCAUGGCUGGCAUGCGGCGGCUAUUCAAUAUUAUCAAACCGCAAUGAUCAUCUUGAGACUCGCGAAGCCAAGUCAGCAAGCGAUUUCAGUGAUGGAUAACUUAAGACAAGUUACUGAAUUGACUCGCGAGCUGGAGAGCCGCAGCUCCGAUAUUUGUGCCUUGGCACUUUCUAGUGAAUCGCAAGCUGUUUGGAUCAACUCUUUUGGUCCGAUUGCAUUCUGUGGAUGCUGGCUUCGAGACCGGAACAAAUUCCGGGAUAUUAUCAGCGGCGUGAAGGACUGGGGUUCUCGGACGGGAUGGCCGGUCUCUGAUAUCAUCAAAUCCUUGCAGGAAAGCUCUUCAUAA